CCGGAAGUACUCGUGUGUUCGUGCGUCGCACGAAAACCCCUCUUUCGGUUGCGAGUUUACUCUUAUAACGAGAUGAACGCGGAUAUGUAAUUAAUCUCUACGCCGGACAAUUACAUAAUAUUUCCGAGAUGUCUAUGUCUCAUCUUUAUGGUCGGAGAGAGGAGGAGGAUGAAGGGGUGGAGGUGGAGAGCUUUGAGGUGACUGACUGGGAUCUGGCCAAUGAGUUCAACCCAGAGCGCCACAGAUUCAGACAGACUAAAGAGCAGGCCACCUAUGGUAUCUGGGCUGAAAGAGAUUCAGAUGAAGAUGAGAGACCCAGCUUUGGUGGCAAACGAUCUAAAGAUUACACAACUCCGGUGAACUUUGUUAGUGCUGGUUUGCGUAAGUCUGCAGCUGAGGAGAAACAGCAAAAAGAAGAAGGAUCAGAUGAUUCUGAUGAAGAUGCUCCUGCACCACCUCCCCCUCCUCGUGGUGGCGCACCCAAAAAGCUUCAAAUGGGCAAUUUCCGUGGGAAUCAGUCACAGCGGUUUGCAGGUGGUGUGCAGUCUGGACAAGGCAUUGGAAGCUGGGAGAAGCACACAAAGGGAAUUGGACAAAAGCUUCUGCAGAAAAUGGGAUACCAGCCAGGAAAAGGCCUGGGCAAAAAUGCUCAAGGUAUUAUUAACCCCAUUGAGGCCAAGCUUCGUAAAGGAAAGGGUGCGGUGGGUGCAUAUGGCAAUGAGCGAACCCAACAGAGUCUUCAGGACUUUCCUGUAGCUGACUCGGAAGACGAGGAGGAAAAGGAGUUUCGGAAGGAGCUAGGUCAGUGGCGUAAGGAUCCUGCGGGAUCUGGGGCAAAGAAGAAACCCAAGUACUCAUACAGAACUGCAGAUGAACUGAAAGCUAAAGGCAAAAUUGCAGGUCGGAGCACAACAGCAAGUGCAGGAGAGCUGGCACAAGUUAAGGUAAUAGAUAUGACUGGAAGAGAGCAAAAAGUUUACUACAGUUACAGUCAGAUAUCUAACAAGCACAGUGUUCCUGAUGAAACAACACCGAGCAUGUCCACUCGGGAUCAGAAGGGAUCCGGUUUUGGUCUACCUGAGCUGGAGCACAAUCUACAGUUGUUGAUAGAUCUCACAGAACAGGACAUAUUGCAGUCUGCCCGACGUCUGCAGCAUGAAAAGGAUGUAGUUGUGUCUCUUAGCCAUGAGUCAAGAGCAUUGCAGAGCAGACUGGAUACAGAGAAAGAUGCUAUCCAGAGAAUGGAGGCCGUACUUGCGCUGGUGGAGUGUUUUCCUUCUGGCGAGACGGCACCAGGAGAGGGACCCACCUUACAGGAGUGUGCCCGGAUCUUUGACACCUUACAAACUGAUUAUUAUGAAGAAUACAAGACAAUGGGAUUGGGUGACCUGGCUGUGGCUGUUGUUCAUCCUUUGCUUAAAGAGAGACUUUCUUCAUGGGACCCUCUAAAGGACAGCUCUUUUUGUCUGGAAGACAUCGGUCAGUGGAGAGUAGUUCUUGAAUCCAGAGACCUUCACUCCAGUGGCCCAGGUUCUAAUAUGGACCCUUACCACAGACUGUUGUGGGAGGUGUGGAUCCCUGUGAUGCGAUCUUGUGUGUCCGGCUGGCAGCCUCGUAUGGUGGGUCCUAUGGUGGACUGUGUGGAAAUGUGGGCUGCUCUUCUACCACUCUGGAUCUUAGAUCACCUGUUGGAGCAGCUUAUCUUACCUCGACUACAGCGAGAGGUGGAUAGCUGGAACCCUUUAACUGACACAGUCCCAAUCCACUCAUGGAUCCACCCUUGGCUGCCUCUACUCCAGUCACGUUUAGAGCCUCUUUACCCACCAAUAAGGAGCAAACUAUCCAAUGCUUUGCAGCGUUGGCAUCCCAGUGACGCCUCGGCUCGUCUCAUCCUACAGCCAUGGAAAAAUGUCUUCACAGCAGGUGCAUGGGAAGCUUUCAUGGUGAAAAACAUCAUCCCUAAGCUAGCAUUAUGCCUGGAAGAGCUGGUCAUCAACCCUCACCAGCAGCAGAUGGAGCCAUUUCACUGGGUGAUGGACUGGGAGGGCAUGCUGUCUCCCUCCAGCCUGAUGUCCCUGCUGGACAAAAACUUUUUCACAAAAUGGUUGCAGGUUCUGUGUUCAUGGCUGAGCAACAGUCCUAACUAUGAGGAAAUCACUAAAUGGUAUCUUGGUUGGAAAAGCAUGUUUAGUGACGUCUUGUUGGCACAGCCCCUCAUUAAAGAGAAAUUCAAUGAAGCUUUGGACAUCAUGAAUCGGGCAGUGUCUUCAGGAAUGGGUGGAUAUAUGCAACCCGGUGCAAGAGAGAACAUUGCCUAUCUCACACAGACGGAGAGACGGAAGGACUUCCAGUAUGAAGCGUUGCAGGAGCGCAGGGAUGCUGAGACUGUGGCUCAUAGGGGCAUCAGCGCUGGUGUACCAACUAACUUUAAAGAUCUUAUCCAAACUAAGGCAGAGGAGAACAACAUUGUCUUCAUGCCUUUAGUAGCCAAACGACAUGAGGGUAAACAGCUGUACACAUUUGGACGCAUUGUUAUCUACAUAGACAGAGGGGUUGUCUUUGUACAAGGAGAGAAGACUUGGGUGCCCACAUCUUUGCAGAGUUUGAUAGAUAUGGCAAAAUGAGCAUGGGCAGAUUGAAUCUUUGGCCUCCCAAAUGUAAAAAGACAAAACUAGAGCACCGUUUGGUCUUUAUGUAAGUUUCAUUCACUGAUUAUUUGUCAUGUGUCUUUCCAAAUGUACGAAAUGUUAAAUCUGUGAAUAAAUGAUUUUUGAGUUUA